GGGGAGCGCCGCACCGCGCCGCGCCGCACCGCACCGCGCAGCGCCGCCCUGCGUAGCGCGGUAGCACCUGCAGCUGCUCUGCGCCUGAACGGGCUCAGACGCUCUCAGGAAACUCAAAGUCGCAUCCACCCCGUUCCCACGGACACACGCAUCUUUCCGCGGCAAGGUCACGGAGCUCGGCGGGCAGCGCGUGAGCACACACGGACCUCUACGUUUCAUCUGAAAGCAAAAACUCAGCGUUAAGGUGGGCCAGUGAUGCCACCCCCCACCUCUGGUGCUGUCGUGCCCCCACCGGACGGUGGGUGGGGGUGGGCGGUGGUGCUGGGAUCCUUCAUCUCCAUCGGAUUCUCCUACGCCUUCCCCAAAGCCAUCACGGUCUUCUUCAAAGACAUCCAGAUCAUCUUCGAUGCGUCCUACAGCCAGGUGGCCUGGAUCUCCUCCAUCAUGCUGGCUGUCAUGUAUGCAGCGGGUCCCAUCAGCAGCAUACUGGUCAACACCUACGGCUGCAGACCCAUCGUCAUGAUGGGCGGCUGCCUUUGUUCCACGGGCAUGAUCUUAGCGUCCUUCUGCACCAACGUGAUGCAGCUUUAUUUCUGCAUCGGUGUCAUCGGAGGACUUGGAUUGGCCUUCAACCUGCAGCCAGCGUUGACGAUGAUAGGCAAAUAUUUCUUUAAGAAGCGCCCCAUUGCUAAUGGGUUAGCGAUGGCAGGCAGCCCAGUCUUCCUCAGCACUCUGGCACCUCUCAACCAGUAUCUCUUCAACCAGUAUGGAUGGAGAGGCAGCUUCCUCAUCCUGGGCGGGCUGCUGCUGAACUGCUGCGUGGCCGGCUCCCUCAUGAGGCCCCUCGGACCGCCGCCCGGCAAGGUCAAGAAGGACGAGCCGCUGGCCGCUGUCACCACUACGACUGAAAAGCGCAGCCUCUGGCAGAUAGUCAACAAGUACCUGGACCUGACACUGUUCAAGCACCGGGGCUUCCUCAUCUACCUGUCAGGCAACGUCAUAAUGUUCCUGGGUUUCUUUGCACCCAUUGUCUUCCUCGCCGCCUAUGCUAAAGACAUGGGUGUGGAUGAAUACUCUGCUGCCUUCCUGCUCUCAAUCUUGGCUUUUGUGGACAUGUUUGCCAGACCCUCCAUGGGGCUGCUGGCCAACUCACGAUGGGUUCGCCCCAAGAUCCAGUAUUUUUUCAGUUUCGCUGUGCUGUACAAUGGGGUGUGCCAUAUCCUUUGCCCACUAGUGGAAAACUACACUGGCCUGGUGGUGUAUGCAGUAUUCUUUGGCUUUGCUUUUGGCAUGGUAAGCUCAGUGCUGUUUGAGACAUUGAUGGACCUGGUUGGAGCGCCAAGGUUCUCCAGUGCUGUGGGACUCACAACAAUUGUAGAGUGCUGCCCUGUUCUCAUUGGUCCACCAUUAGCAGGGACACUUGUCGACGUCACCAAAAAUUACAAGUCCAUGUAUUUCUGUUGUGGUGGAGUUGUCAUCCUGGCGAGUAUUUGGCUUUUUAUCGGAAACUUCAUUAACUACAGACUCUUGGAGCGUGAGCGCAAGCAGGGGGAGAUGUACAAACGAACUGAGACGGAAGAUCCCGAUGGAGUUCGGGAUGAGAAGGAGGCUGACGGUGCGGCCCAGGCCUCCGAAGACCUGGCCGACCAAAACCAAAAAGAAGCAGAGCCCAUGCAAAGAGAGACUAAUAUUUAAAACCGUUCUACACUGCCAAACCUUGACCUUUCACCCCAGCUGCAGCUGAGCAACACCUUCAAGUAUAAAACAACUGGGCUCCAGGCCAAGAGUUGCCUCUCACUGGACAACCACAGUCUGGUGGGGGCGCUCCUGGUUUGGCAGUCUGAAAAUAACUGCCAAAGCAACUGUGGUGUUGUAGGGAAGGUGAUGUACAGUAUCUGUUUUUAACAGCACACUAGCUGUGACUACAACUGUAAUAAAAAGGCGGUAAACAUUAGAAACUUACAGACAAAACUUCCUAUCUUUUUUCUGCCAUUCUCAUCCAAGAUAAGCUCUGGGACACGACAGAUAUGCUGCUGAUUUUAAUGUACGAACGGUACAUCCGCCGGAGUGUUAAUUUAUUCAUAAAAUAAACACAUUACUUUGAUUCACUUUGACUGAAUUGAAAUCGUUCAGGAUCAAACAUCCAAAAGCUGCAUCAGUCUGUUAUUCUGGUUUCAGCUGGUUUGGAAAGCCAGGUGAACCCAUACUGGAAUAUGAAGAAAAUACAAGCCAGAUGCAUUCCCCAGUUUAAAGGCCUUUCUGAAAUUCUAUUAGUAUUUAAUUAAAUAAAUCACACAUGGAUCCAGUUGUGAACAAAUACAUUGAGUGCAUUCACAUCACAUAACAACAGUGUGUUUAAUAUGUGCCCUGCACUGCCUCCUACCGUCUGGGAGGAUACUGGCAACAGUGGAAUAAAUCCUGCAGAAUCUGAAGCAGUCUGAUUCCACCUGGAAAUCAUUUGAGUUAAUGAUUUACUCUGUGGGUUACCAUUGUGUGUUAAAAAAAAUUUUCGUCAUGUUAACGUCACAAAAUGAAGAUCUGAAGGAACAUUAAUGUCGCAGCAUACUUAAGUUUUUGUUUUCUGCUGGAAAGAGAAGCAACACGUUUUUUUUUUUUUACAUUUUCUUUGUCUUUCUCCUUCAAGUUGACAUGAAAAGUGGGAAAGAAUGCCAAAGUAAAAAUUGGCCGUUGGUGUCAGAGACAAAAUUAAACUAAAGUAGUUUUCUUUUUUUCUGUUUUUUUUUUAAAGGGGUAAAUGCUGGCAGUGCUGCCACCUACUGGCCUGGCAUGUAUAUUCCAGAAUUGAUCUAGGAAUAGUGUCUUGGAUAUUGAUUUAUUUUUUUUCGAGGGCUUAACAAAAUAAAACUGACUCUGACUGGAUUCCUCAAUUAUUACAACUAACUUUUCUAAAAAACUGAACAGAUGUGGUCACAGCUGGUGAUGCUGGUAUCCAUAUAUUACUCCGUCCUGAGCAUUGUAAAGCUGUGUAAACCUGUGCAAACCUUUGAUCAAGACAUAAAAAAUGCUGCAUUAACUGUCUUGGGUACAGUAGUCCCACUCUCAUAUCAAGUAUGCUGCACUAAAUGUCAAAUUGUCACACUUCAGUCCCUGACGUUGUUUUAAAAUUGCUGCAAUUCACUGAAUUUAAUUACGGUUGAAUGUAAUUUCCUCUGUGGGCCUUAAUAAGGUAUUAAUGACCAAAACCUCCGUCUGCGAACUGGGGGCCGUACACAGGCGGAGCCCAGGAGCAAUACACUCUCUCUCAUAUUAAUGCAAAUAUACAGGGAAAUGUGUUUCUAGUGGCAGUCCAGUCUGUGAUGCAUUGCCUUAAAUUUAAAUGCAGUGUAGCUUUUGCAGGGUAGUCAUAAAAUUAAUAGUGGACAGAAUAAUAUGAAGACGACAAACUUUGUGUUAAUGUGAGACAUUUUAUUUCUGCUGCAGUAAAGAGAAACUCACACCUGUUCCAUUUGUCUCCUAACAUAUCUGUGUUGGAAUGUGAAAGCUUUCAGUGAUCGUGUUCCGUGUCUCGUUGUUUCAGUCACUGACUAACCAUUUCCAUUCCUGAAUGUUGAACUGAAAAUUGUAAUCCAGCCAUGUGUGGUGUGUGGUGUGCACACGCAGACAUGCAGCAUGUUUUCCUUUGCUCUUCAGUGACAGUCGUGGAAAUACGCCUCACUGCCCAGGGCGCGAUUCUGCCAAGGGGCAGCACAAGAACAGCACUAGCUGCGUUUCCGAUACAAACAUGCGCAAAAUGUUGUCAGUAUUCUGCUAAUGUAAAAAAAAACAACACAUUUUUAGAAUUGCGGUGUUUCUAUUAAAUAAGAAAUACAAUUGAAGUCACACGAAAAAGUUUGUUGAUAGAGUAAGUAAUCAAAAAAACAUGCCAUGAACUACUUCCUGUUGCCUUCUUCUUCAUGGUUUGGACCAGUGGUAACAUCCAGUUGAUGAUCAUGUGACUCGUGUCAUGUAAACAACGUGUUUCCAUUGCAGUUUUGCAAAAUGCUCCAGUUUCAAAAUCACCUCAACAUUUUAUUGAGAAACUGGAUUUUUUUUCAAAACUGCCGCGUUUCCAUUGACCAAAUUUAUUUUCGGAAAAUCAAAUUGCGCAAUUAUAUGGUCAUUGUAAACGCAGCUAGUGUCAGUUGUGCCCACAUGAUUUUCAUUUCUUAAAUGCAUGUACAAUUUUGUUGAUCACUGUAUAACCACUGUAAGUAUGACCAAUAAUUCCAGCUAUAAUUCAGAUUUGAAACUAACCUGAUUUAGUGUUGUUAAGUAUUCGACCUUCUCUAGGUCAAAGUUUGAACUCAUCAAAUCUGACCUAGACAUAGAAAACAUAAUUUUGUGAAUUUUCAGACUGUGGGCUGUGGGUUGGGUCAGGACAUCAGGUCCGUCCUGGACUCCAUUCGUGCAAAAACCACCAAAGAUGUUACAUGCAAAAAAAACAAAACAAAAAAAAAAACAAAAACACAUUUUGGUUUGCUUCUUUGAGAGCAAUCAUAAACAAGAGGGGAUUUCCCCGUUCCUUCAGCUUACAGGUGUGCUGCAAAUCAUGGAAAUACGAUUCCAUCUGUGUUGCAGACCUUAAACCACCUUCUGUUAUCAGCCAGGAGUCCAGAUGACGCUCAGAGUGACGAGAUCAACCUGCUGCUGAGGGCUGAGUGAUCACUACUGAUAACUCUGCUCAUGGUUUCAGCCACCGGUUGCUUUUUUUUUUUAACACUAUAACUCAGUUUCACUGAGAUACAACAAAAUGGAAAAAUAGAAUGUUUUUCUCAUUCAGUUGAAAAAGUGAAACUCAUACACUGAUUUUUUAACACAUCUCAAAUGUUUGUUAUUCAUUUUAAACAUGGUUAACCGUUACUGAAAAACCCAAAAUUCAAAUUCUCAGAAUAUCGGAAUGUUACUCAAGACAGUUCAAGCACAUCAUUUGAAAGUUGAGUGGAUGGAAAACCUGUGGUAGAAAAAGCUGAUCUCGCUGAGAGGGAGAUAAUCAGAUGUAAAAAUGCAGAUGAGCUGAACAGUGCUAUAAUAAAUAACUUGUGCUUCACAGCCUCUCAAGUUUAAUUAUCUUGUUUUUCCUUCCACUCAACUUUCUGUGUUUCUUGGCUAACAGCCUUCCACUUCAGCAAUGACCUUUUGUGGAAGACGUUUGCUGAUAAAACUGUGGUCAGCAUUCUGAUCCAUGAUUGUGUUGCCAGUAACUUGUCCAUACAGUUUCUGUUUUUGUCAUGUUUAAUAUUCUAGACAGUUGGUUUGGUUUAUGUUUUACUCAUAACCAGUAAAAUAACCACAAAUAAUCACUUCAGCAUCAAUCUGUGUGCAAACAAUCCAUAUAAUAUGAGUUUCAGUUUUUGAAUUGGAAUUGCUAAAGUUUGUGAGAUUUGAACUUGUUGAAAUGUUCCACCUUCCUCUCCUGCGCUCACUGAGGAGAACUGGCUGUCUACCACAUAACACCGCCCCCUGCUGGCGGCUCAAACCGGAUUUUAAAUCUGUUUUCUUUCUACUGUCCAGGGUUUUGAGUCAUAAACUGUUCCAUGAUUUUUACACGUUCUUGUAAAAACACAACAGAAUGUUUAUCUUUUGAAAUAGAACAAAUAUAGAUGAAUGAAAUUUAGCGUUUGGCUUUUUAAUAGUGGAAUGAGCACUGACGCACUUCCAGAAGAAAUCUGAGUUACUUGAAAUACUAAGUGUGAAUUGUGAAAGGCCAACUGAUGCUGUAUAUUAUAAAUCUAUAUGCGAUUAACACCAAAAAGGCUUUUUAAUGUGAUGUGCAUUUGUUUGAUCUGUAAAGCCCAAUAGAAAGUCAUGGAAAUGAAAUGUUAUUUAUUAAAUCAUAUAUAAAGAAAUAAAAAUGUGAUGUGCACCAAUA